AUGGCGGCGGCGGCAGCGGCGGGCUCCAACUGGGGCCUGAUCAUGAACGUGGUGAACAGCAUCGUGGGGGUGAGCGUGCUCACCGUCCCCUUCUGCUUCAGACAGUGCGGCAUUGUCCUGGGAGCUCUGCUGCUGAUUUUCUGUUCUUGGAUGACUCAUCAAUCCUGCAUGUUCCUGGUGAAAUCAGCCAAUCUCAGCAAGCGCAGGACCUACCCUGGCCUCGCAUUUCAUGCCUAUGGAAAAGCAGGAAAAAUGUUGGUGGAAACAAGCAUGAUUGGGCUGAUGCUGGGAACUUGCAUCGCUUUCUAUGUUGUCAUUGGUGAUUUGGGGUCCAACUUCUUUGCCCGGCUGCUUGGAUUUCAGGUGUCGGGCAGUUUCCGGAUAGUUCUGCUCUUUGCUGUCUCCCUGUGCAUUGUACUUCCAUUGAGCCUCCAGAGGAACAUGAUGGCCUCUAUACAGUCAUUCAGUGCCAUGGCUCUGAUCUUUUACACGGUGUUCAUGUUCGUGAUCGUGCUGUCGUCCUUCAAGCAUGGCCUCUUCAGCGGGCAGUGGCUGCAGCGAGUUAGUUACACUCGUUGGGAGGGCAUUUUUCGCUGCAUCCCCAUCUUUGGCAUGUCUUUUGCCUGUCAGUCUCAGGUCUUGCCUACCUAUGAUAGCUUGGAUGAGCCGUCUGUUAAAAUCAUGAGCUCCAUAUUUGCUUCUUCCCUAAACGUGGUCACCACCUUUUACAUUACGGUGGGCUUCUUUGGCUACGUGAGUUACACUGAAGCCAUUGCUGGGAACGUCCUAAUGAACUUCCCUUCCAACCUUGUGACGGAGAUGAUUCGAGUGGGAUUCAUGAUGUCGGUAGCUGUGGGGUUUCCGAUGAUGAUUCUGCCGUGCAGACAGGCGCUGAACACCCUUCUCUUUGAGCAGCAGCAAAAAGACGGCACCUUCGCUGCCGGGGGUUAUAUGCCCCCGCUUCGGUUCAAAGCCCUGACGCUGGCUGUUGUGUUUGGAACCAUGGUAGGAGGCAUCAUGAUCCCAAACGUGGAAACAGUCCUGGGCCUGACAGGUGCGACGAUGGGAAGCCUCAUUUGUUUUAUCUGCCCAGCUCUUAUUUACAAGAAGAUCCACAAGAAUGCACUUUGUUCACAGAUUAUACUGUGGAUUGGCCUGGGAAUACUGGUCAUUAGUACGUAUACCACCUUGUCUGCCACGGAGGACGCCCCGGUGAAGACAGAAGUGGUGGGCUUGGAGCACCUGGACGGAGAGCAGAACCGAAUUGACCAGGAUUCAGUCAAAAUCCCAGACCAGAAUCCAGCAGUAGAGGAGGCGGAAGAUGACCGCGAUAAACCAAAGCUGCUGGAUAAGGAGGAGAUGGAGCAGCCCCAGAUCAAGGUGCCCAUGGAGGUACCCAAGAGAGAAGAGGAGAGAGGAAAGCCGGAGGAGAAAGUGCAGCUUGACCGUCCCGAUCAAGGGAUUGCCCUGCCUGUGGGGGAAGCACAUCGCCACGAGCCACCCGUCCCGCACGACGAAGUGGUCGUGGACAUGGGGCGGGAGCGGGAGGAAUCCGAUGAGAACAAGCUUGUGCCCGGAGGAGCCAACGAUCGCCUGCUCAAGCCAGCGCUGGAGGAGCCAGCCGUGCUGAAUCCCCAGAAAGAGGCACUUGGCCCGAAACAAGGGAAGGAAGCGCUCACUGAGAACCAACUGCGGGGAGGGACUGACAAACCCGUUAAGAAUCCGAAGAACGUCCUGGAGGUGAUCGUGCAGCAGGAUGGCAGGCCGCCAUACAAAGAGCUGCAGCCAGACAAACAAGCGCUGGAAGCCAAGGCACAAGCUGCCGUGCCGGACGGUGAGAAGAGAGCUGAGGCCGCAGGUGACAGGGAGAAAUCAAAGCUCCAGCUCCCCAGGAAAGCAGAGGAGGCUGCGGAGAAGGAAGGAGACCCUGGUGAAAAGCAGGAGCUGCCCCUCCCGGACAGAGCGGAUCAGCUGGAGUCGAAGGAGACCCGAAACACUGAGGAGAAGCAACAGGAGAACGCGGAGAGCAAGCUGGAGGAAGCAGGGCAGGCGAAACUGCUCGAUCAUGCUAUGCUGCUGCAGGUGAUCAAAGAACAGCAGGUACAGCACAAGCAGCUACUUGACCAGCAGGCAAAACUGUUGGCUGUCAUUGAAGAGCAGCACAAGGAGAUCCACCAGCAAAGGCAGGAGGAGGGAGGAGAGGAGAAGCCAAAGCAAGCGGAAAUGCAGCAGGAGCCCGCUGUGCCUCUCUCCAAGAGCAGGGAGGACGAGGGCCCUGGAACUAAGCAAGAAGCUGCUGCGAAGCCGCUCAGCAAAGAGCUGUUGGAGCACCCUGCGCAGGGCCUGGGCAGGCGGCCUGCUGACCCCGUGGAGCAGCGCAGGGGCACUGCAGGAAAGCUGGAAGAGGCUGGGCACAGGCGGGAGAUUCCUGGGGUUCCUCCCAAGGAGCGGAAGGUGCCGCCACAGAAUGACAGAGCUGUUAAAAAUCCUGUGGAGAACCAGGAUCCCCUUCAUGGGGAUGCCCAACACAUUCCAGCAGUCAGAAACCACCUAGAAAAGAAGCCCUUGGCGGAGGAUUUAGGAGGAGAUCGUGAAGCCAAAGCUGGAAGAGACGUCCAUGAGAAGAAUUCCCUGAAAGCUGUGGAAGUAGCUACAGCUCCCAUCCAAAGAGAACAGCUGGGGGCUGCCAAAGUUCAGGGAGUAGCAGGAAAGAGUCUGGAAAGAGACUCAGGAAUAGACCUUAAAGCCAAAGCACUGAGUCAGGUGGAGCCCAAAAACCUGGCAGUUGCGCUGGACUCCUCCAGUAAAAGGAACGUGGCAGAGAGCGAGCAGCACCUACGGGAGCGUCAGAGAGCAGCAGAGACAGAGGGAGGUGAGGGUGCUGGCAGCCGGCAGCAAGCCUCGCAGAGGGACCCGGCUGGCAAAGGGGACGUAAAGGAAGAAGCUUCUCGGGAGAACGUGGUGGACGUGGCCCAGGACCCGCAGGGAGGUCUGCGGAGCAAGCAGAGGCACCGGGACGGAGGUCUCUCAAAUGAUGCUGAGAAGAAACCAGGCCCUGAGAACGCUCCUGCCCAAAAGCCUGAGAAAGGAGCGGCUGCCCAGGGGGACCAGAAGCUGGACCGUGAUGUCAAACCAAACCGGGACCUGAAACUGCAGGCGGACCUGGACCUCCGCCGGAGGAGACGGGACCUGCUGCCUCCUGAGGAGGAGGAGGCGGCUGCACAGGGGGCGGGGGUCUUCAUUGGCCUCAACCCCCUUCCAGAUGUGAAAGUAAACGACCUCCGGAGUGCUCUAGAGACACGAUUAAACCAAGUUGUGGAGGGGGCUCAGCAGGUGGUCCACAGCCGGCAGAUCAAGCAGAUGACGCAGGCGGACGUGUGA